AUGCUCGACGACGACUCCCUCGCAGCACUCCUUGCUGUGCCACGCGCGAAACGUGCCACGCUCACGGAUGCCCUUCAUCAGAUGCGGCUGAUUUAUGGACCCCCAUCCGAAGCACGUCACCGCUUCGAUGCGAGGAGGAAGAAGGCCUCCGAGUCGGCGAUGGGGUACCGCAGCGCGCUGCUGGCCAUGGCGAAGGUUGCCUACCCUCGCAUGGAUGAAGACGCUGUGGAGUCACUCGUGCUGCAGAAGCUCAUGAGCUUGGCCCGCCAGCUUCGAGUUGCCAUGCCGACAGCCGACGACGACUUUACGUCGCUACGCAGCCUGACGGGGUACCGCCCCCAUCCCUUGCGGCCGCAGCCGGGGGAUGGGGUCGGGGACCACGGGGCUCCCUCCACGUGCCUUGGGAAUGAAAUCCGCCUCAGCCGACCAAGCGGGAACAAGCUUGCCCGCGGGAUCAGCGACCCAGGACACAAGCGCAACAGCGGGUCGUCGGAGUUACUGCGGGAGUAUGCCGAUGUGUUCAGCGAACACGACUCGGACGUGGGUCGGACCGACCUUGUUAAGCACCAAAUUGACACCGGUGCAGCCCGACCCAUCAAACUCCCUGCGUACCGAGUGGGCGCACCCGAACGCGCCCAGAUCAAAGAGGCGGUUGGGGACAUGCUUUGCGAUAACAUAAUUCAGCCCUCGGCGAGCCCCUGGUCAGCCCCGGUGGUACUAGUAACGAAAAAGGAUGGGUCAACCCGGUUCUGCGUCGAUUAUCAUAAACAGAACGCAGUCACGCUCGGCGACGCCUUCCCCAUACCCCGCAUCGACGACACUUUUGACAGCCUCGCCGGAGCGCGAUAUUUUUCCACUCUCGAUCUCGCGUCCGGGUACUGGCAGGUGGAGAUGGCGGAGGAGGAUCGACCAAAAACCGCAUUCACCACCCCGAUGGGGCUAUUCGAGUUUCGAGUACUCCCGUUCGGACUCACCAAUGCGCCCGCGACGUUCCAGCGGCUGAUGGAGUUGGUGAUGCGGGGCUUGCAAUGGGAACAGUGCCUGAUUUACUUGGACGAUGUGAUAGUGUUCAGUAGAUUUUUGUCUGAGCAUUGGUCCAGGUUACGAGAGGUAUUCAAGCGUCUGCGAGCGGCUCAUCUCAAGCUCAAGCCACGUAAGUGUUACAUCGCACAACGCGAGGUGGGGUACCUAGGGCAUCACGUCAGCGAGGCAGGCGUGCGCACCGAUCCGGAGAAGGUACGCAGCGUAGUGGAAUGGCCACGGCCAAGGAAUCUGACGGAGAUCAGAUCAUUUUUGGGGCUCGCCACCUAUUAUCGUCGAUUUGUAAAGGGAUUCAGCAAGAUCGCACGCCCUCUCACCCAAAUCGAUCUACAGGGGCCAUUCCCGCGAUCCCAUCGAGGCAACCGGUAUAUCCUAGUCGCAGUAGAGUAUUUCACCCGCUACCCCGUAGCAGUGGCCAUCCCUGAUAAAACGGCCUUGAUGGUGGCCCGGGCAUUUGUGGAACAUUACGUACUGAAGCACGGGAUCCCAGAACGAGUCCUCACCGACCAGGGUAGUGAGUUCGAGGCCGAGCUGUUCCAGGCACUGUGCCGAGAAUUCGGAAUCCAGAAAGACCGAACCACAGCGUACCACCCCCAAGCGAACGGUAUGGUAGAACGCAUGAAUCAGACCCUAGCGGGGAAACUCAAACGUAUGGCGGCCGCAAAUCAACGGGAUUGGGACGAAUACCUCCCCUACGCCCUUUUUGCUUACGCCACCACCGUGCACACAUCGACGGGACAAACCCCGUUCCUAAUGAUGUUUGGUCGUGAGUCUCGUUUACCCGCAGAUCUGCUGUUCGGCGUUCCCCCACCCCAAACGGAGGAAGGGAGCCGCCCCGUCGAGCACCUGAUGGAGACCCUACGAGGGGUCCGGGGCCGGGCCUACCCGCACGGGGAGGCUGCGCAUCGGCGACAGCAGCAGAGCACCCGCCCCCGCAUGGAGCCCCCCCUCUUCUCGACAGGCGAAAAGGGGACGGCGCGGACGACGGCCCCUAAACCCAUCCGCUUCUGA